UCUCCACUAUAUAACUCUUAUAUCAUCUUUUACUAAAGCCAACUAUCUUUGUGUUUCGAAAGACUAUGGCAAGCCCUACAAGAAGGCUAGAAGGAAAGGUAGCAAUAAUAACCGGAGGAGCGAGCGGAAUUGGGGAGCAUACCGCAAAAGUCUUUGCUGAACAUGGGGCAAAAAUUGUAAUUGCAGAUGUGCAAGAUCAACUUGGUCAAGCGGUUUGUGAGACCAUAGGAUCAUCAAACUCGAUAUAUGUCCAUUGUGACGUAACAGACGAAGAACAAGUGAAAAACGCGGUAGACAUUGCAGUUGAAACUUAUGGGAAGCUCGAUAUCAUGUUCUGUAAUGCAGGGAUCACGGAUCCUAACAAGCAACGCAUCAUUGAUAAUGAAAAAAGUGACUUUGAACGCGUGCUUAGUAUCAAUGUCACAGGUGUCUUUCUAAGCAUGAAACAUGCCGCAAGAGUUAUGGUUCCAGUACGAUCUGGCUCUAUAAUAUCGACGGCUAGCAUUUCUUCAAAUAUUGGUGGUGCGGCCUCACAUGCUUAUUGUUGUGCAAAGCAUGCUGUUGCCGGUUUGACCAAGAAUCUAGCGGUUGAACUUGGACAGUUUGGUAUUCGAGUCAAUUGUUUGUCACCAUAUGCUAUGGUCACACCUUUAGCCACGGGUUUUGUUGGGGUUGGAGGCGAGGCGCUAGAAAAUGUGAUGAAUCAACUUAGCAACCUUAAGGGAGUCACACUUAGAACCGAUGAUGUUGCUAAGGCUGCCCUUUUUCUUGUGAGUGACGAGGCAAAGUAUAUUAGCGGACAAAAUCUGUUUAUUGAUGGUGGGUUUAGCAUUGUUAAUCCAUCAUUUAACAUGUUUAAAUAUCCGGAAAGUCCUUAAAUCGAGUAUUUCAUCUUAUUUCAUAUUUUAAAUAAGACAAAUUCACAUCGUGUAUGUGUUUUUUAUUUUGUAAGAUUUGCAACCUACGACUUGAGUUUUCUACGCUAUCA